AUGAAGCCUCUGAUUCGCCGCCUCUCACAAAUCGCCGACUCGUCCUCCGAAUCUUACAGCUGCAACCAAAUCCGCUGCCGCGAUGUUCAUCAACCGACGUCGUCGUCAGUUUUCGUGGUGAAGCGAGCAACCGACGCAUCGACCGUCCCUUCCGGUCACGUCCCCGUCAACGUCGGAGAAGAGAUGGAGCGGUUCGUGGUGAGUGCGGAGCUGCUAAACCACCCGGUUUUCGUUGGAUUGCUCAAUCGAUCUGCUCAGGAAUACGGUUACGCUCAGAAAGGAGUCCUUCACAUCCCCUGUAACGUCUUCGUGUUCGAGAAAGUGGUCGAGAUUCUCCGAUCUGGUGACGCCGAGUCUCGUGACUUACCGGAGCUCGUCGCAUCUUUAUCCGGCGACGAUUUGUCUCUUUGGUUGCCUGGAACUACAGAGUAG